UUUACAUAUUAUAUUUAUUUGUUUAUAUCAAUUUAAGAAUAAUUUUUAUGUUUAUUUUUUACAACUUUUUACCAUUGGAAUGUAGAUUUGAUUAGUUCAACAUGACAAUAGAAGCAGCUCUAAUUUGUAUAGAUAAUUCUGAAUAUUCCAGAAAUGGAGAUUUUGUUCCUACUAGGUUAGGUGCACAAAUCGACGCUAUAGGAUUAAUAGCAAGUGCUAAGUUAUCUGAACAAUUUGAAAAUUCCGUUGGAAUUGUAUGCCUGGCACGUAAAGGAUCGCAACUACUAACCGCUCCCUCAAAUGAUUUGGGGACCUUCCUAACUGAUUUACAAACUGUGGUUCCCUCAGCCCAAUCUGAUUUUAUAAGGGGUAUACAGACAGCCCAGUUGGCUUUAAAGCAUAGACUAAACAAGUCACAACAGCAACGUAUAAUAUGUUUUGUGGCAAGCCCUAUACUGGAGCCUGUAAAGCAUUUCGUUAAACUUGGGAAGCUUUUAAAGAAAAAUAACGUGAUACUUGAUAUAAUUGACAUCUCAAAUAACUCUGAAACUGAGGAGAAGCUAAAGGCGCUUCACUCGUCUGUAAAUAAUAAUGACACCAGUCACUACCUCUGCUGUAAGCCGUGCUCGGGCACUCUCCUAAGUGAUAUGAUUUUCAACUCGGCAGUACUGUAUGGACAGUCUGGAGGCGUUGGAGGUGGAUCACAAAUUUCACAAAAUCUCACAGAUUUCGGAGUUGACCCUGAGAUGGACCCUCAGUUGUAUAUGGCCUUGAGGUUAUCGCUAGAACAGGAGGAAGAAAGGCUAAGAAAGGAAGCUACUAAAAUGCAGAAUAAAACGGAAUCAACACUAACUGAUAUAGAAAAUGAGUUAAAGGGAAUGGAAGGAUUACAAGUUGUUCCACUGGAUAAGUGUGUGGAAAUACUCUCCACCAGUGAAGGGAAUCCUGAACUUCUUGAGUCCCUCGUGUAUUCAUUCCCAGAUGUAGAUAGCGAGGAACCUAGAAUACAGGAAUUAGUUGCCAAAUUGAAAGAACUUCAACAGAAGUUACAGUGAUUCCAGAUUAUAUAACAAUCAUUAAAUUUUAAAUUUAAUAAAAU